AUGCCUGAAGACAACUACGGCAAUUCCUACACUUACACCAACUCUGGCGAGAACAGCCAGGGCAACCACUACUGCACUCGCGACUUUGGCCCCGAGGCGCCCAACUCGAACUCCUACCACUACUCCAACCAGGAUGGCUCUUACUACUAUUCGAACCCUGAUGGAAGCACCUACUACAACGAUGGCGAAGGUGGUUAUACCUACACUGCUCCUACUGAGCCUUCUCAGUCUUCCCAGUCUUCCAACACUUCCGGCAAGUAA